GGAAGAUGGACAAAUACGAAACGAUAGGGAUCGUAGGAGAAGGAAGCUACGGUGUGGUGAUGAAAUGUAAACAUAACGAGACAGGACAACUGGUGGCCAUCAAACGGUUCCUGGAAACGGAGGACGAUCUGCAGGUGCGAAAAAUGGCAUACCGUGAGAUCAGAAUGCUAAACAAGUUGUGCCACGAGAAUCUGGUAAAUAUGAUCGAAGCAUUUCGUCGAAGGAAACGACUAUAUCUGGUGUUCGAGUACAUUGACCACACUUUGCUGGAUGAAUUGGAACGUCUAGGAGGCGGUUUAGGCUGGGAAAUCUCCAAACAGCACGUGUACCAAGUCCUUCGGGGUUUAGAUUUCUGUCACAAUUAUGAUAUCGUGCAUCGCGACGUCAAACCCGAGAAUAUAUUGGUAUCUUCGAACGGGGUAAUCAAGUUGUGCGAUUUCGGGUUUGCUCGUCUGGUGAACGGAGCGAAUGAAUCUUGCACCGAUUACGUGGCAACUCGAUGGUACCGGGCGCCGGAACUUUUGGUUGGCGAUCCACGAUAUGGGAAACCGGUGGAUGUGUGGGCUGCAGGUUGCCUGUUCGCGGAAAUGGUAAACGGGGAUCCUCUGUUUCCUGGAGAGAGCGACGUCGAUCAGCUCUACAGGAUCACCACAGCGCUUGGCGGUCUUUGUACGAAGCACCUAACGUUAAUUGGCGGUGGACCUAGCCGAAUGUUGCGACAUACGAGCGCGGACGAGUUGGUAGGAAUGCCUCGAUCUGGAUUUGCCUCGAUCCGUAAACUCUUCCCUAACUGGGAUUCAAUCGCGGUUGACUUCUUGGCUCAUUGUUUACACAUGGAUCCGGAAUUACGGCCUAGUUGCUCGAAGCUGUUGCAACAUCCCUUCUUUCUGAGGAAUGGAUUUGCCAAGAAAUUUCUCGCGAAAUUGCUGAAUUUUCUCCUCCAAGAAUCUAGCACCAGUCCUCUGACGGCGAAGAAAUUCGAGAACAGAUGGCAGAAUGUCUUGUUCUUGCAAAAUCGAACCAAUUCGACUAGGAAGAUCUGUCAGGAAGGCUGGAACAAUCGGUGGCGUAUUAGUAUCCGCAAGGACAAGUUCACCGAUGAAGCAGCGUCAAAAUCGAUUUCCUCUAAGCAAAUCCAGCAACCAUUCCACUUGUCGCGUUCACGGUUUAAGCGGACGCAACAGCUGUGUCAUUAUGGUCGUGUCUCGAUCCUGCCAAACGUCACCUACAUCCGUAGAGUGAAACGUAAACAGCAUCUUGAACCAGCAUUGAGAAAACAAAAGGAUGUCUCUUCCUCUUCUACCCUGUUCUAAAAGCGUUUAGAACUUUCAUAGCAUGUACAUAGAUCAAAGUCUGCUACAAACAAUCUUUUGAAUGCAAUUUAUUUUAUGGGAUGUCAAUUAAACUGUUGCUUUCUAAUGUAAGUUUUCUGAUCGGAUGGAAUCUUUUCGCAUAACUUUAUGACAUAAAAGUACCGUAAAAUUAUAAUCAAGAUAUAUGUAUUGCAUACAGGGUGUUCGACAACAGGUGGGGGA